AUCAUCUAUUUAUCAGCUUAUCCGUUUAGAGAUCUAAACUUCGAUCAUCAUGAUUAAACAAAAUACUCAGGACAGUACUUUAAACGACGAACGUGUUCAAUUUAAAUCAAAGGCUGUUGUUGUGGUUUCAACAGUUCGAACACCCAAUUUUAUUCAUCAUAAGGUUAACACUAAUCUAAAUUUGAAACCACAAAAUUUUUUAAGUAACGAGGCUGAAUCAUUUGGUGUGCGGUGCGUUUCUGGUAAUUUUCAUGGACUUUCUAGUUUUGAAAUGGCAAAUAUGUUUCUCGAAGACAUUGGCAAACUGGACGUUGUGUCAAGUGCAGAAAAUAUUAAGAACCUUUGCAAGUUGCCAUACAGUAAGAAAUCUGUUAGCAUUAUGGUACAUAAAAUUGGUAAUACCUUACUAUUUGAUGAAUUUGAUGUCGAGGAACACUUGACACAAGAUACAUCUGAGAAAUGGGCCUGGUUAAAAAAAUUCUUUUACAACAAUAUAGUAAAAUCUUCUGGUACUAAGGUUGAAUGCAUCACUUUUAAGAAGAAUAAUUCUAGAAAAAUUAAUCAUAAAAAUUUGGUAUCAAAAUUUUUGCACCAUACCAUAGGAUUAGAUUCACACAAUGACCUAAUAAAAAAUAUUUGCAAUGAAACUUCUCAACUUGCAUCAGAAGAAAUAUUUCCAGGUUUUCCUCAAAUACAUCGAUUAUUUAACCGAAAUGUUUUAUGGGAUUUUGAAGAUUUGCGAAUGUUAAUAGGCACAAAUUUGACAAUUUUUAGAAAUGACAAUAAUUCAUCUUUAAGCACAAAAUUGAGAGACAUGUCAAAAUCUUUAAGUGUGUUAACUGGGAUUGAUUAUUGGCUAGAAAACUUAAUGAAUGAUAUCCCUGAAAUCGAAUUUUGUUAUCAUAUAAAUGGUAUUGUCCAAAAGUAUGAACGGGUGAAGACAGAAGAUAUACCAUGUUUGAAUGGCUCGACAUUUUCUCCAAAUCUAAUUAAUAAUAAUAUGCAAAAACUAAUAUUAUUUUUACGAUCGUCAACUAUUGUUGGACAUACAUAUUGGUUAUUCAAAGGGAAAAAUGAUACGGUACAACUUUAUAAUUUGACAAUAUUAUCUUCUGAAUCAUUAAUUGAUAACCCAAAUCCAUUUAUAUUUCCAAUGGCUUCGUUGUUUAACCGGGUUGCUUAUAAAUUUAAAUAUAACCCAGAAAAUGAGAAACUGUAUAAUUCCAUUACUAUUAUACAUUUACUUAAUAGUAACCUAGAAUUAUUAGAUAAACAUAAAUAUCCACAAGUUGUUACAUAUGUCAAUUGUUUUUUAUCAGAUCUUUACAUUGCAUUUGGUAAUAAUCCAUCAAGCUCUAUAAAAGAAGAAUUAACUAACUAUAAUGAAAACCCAGCUAUUUUUCAUUUUGAUACUGCCAUUGCAUCAUAUGAUUUUGUAUCCGAAGACUCUACAUCAAAACAUAAUUUAACUGCAAUCAAAUGUUUUUAUGAGGCAUUGUAUUAUAUUGGAGAUAGUUUAAGUCGUUUACUAUAUUUCAAAAAUGAUAAAAAUAUUAUGGUUGAACUUGGACAAAUAUCAUUAUCUGAAACUAGACCAAUUAAAUAUCUUGUUUCUGAAAAAAUUGCAAAUAAUAAAAAUCAUACUAAAGGUAUUAGAAAGAAAAAUCAGAAACCAAAUAAAGGGAAAAAAAUUUUAAAAAAAGAUGAUAUUGAAUCUAAAUCUAUUCCAACAAAUUGGAAUAAUCCACCUAAUGUUAAAAGCAAUAAUUUGUGUAAUUCUGGUCUCAAGCAAAUGCUCUAUGAAAAAGCAUCCAGAACAUAUUUUAAUUUAGCUGAUAAAUGGUUUGCAUGCAAUAAUUAUGGACAAGCUUUAAAAAAUUUUCGGCGAUCACUUGAAUGUCAAUUACAGAUUGUCCAUACUGAGGAGAAUUUAUUCAAACUUAUAUUAGAAUGUUGUGGCAAUUGUUCCUUAUCAAUUGUUAAUUCUUGGGAUAAAAUAAAACAGUACAUAAGUGAAUUUGAAACUGAUGAAAUGUAUGAUUUUAAAUUAAGAGAAACAUUGUUACAUAAUUCUAAAAACUGUACUAACAAAGAUUUAAAAGCAAUACCAAAAAAAACCAUUAAAUCAAAAGAAUGCAUGUUAAAUACAGCAAAACAUUGUUUCCUACGCGCAUUGAUAUUAGAAACAGAAACUGAGAAAAAAAUUACUCUGAAUAAACGAUUAGGCAUUGUUUACUAUCAAUAUACUACAUUUUACAUGAAUGAAAUAAUAAAUGCCAUAGAAACUAAUACCCCUCUAACUCUUAUAAAGUUAAAAUGGCUUCAAAACCAAUCAGAGCUUUAUUUUAAAUUGGGGAGUAAUAUAUUUAAAAAACAAGAUGAUAAGAUUAAUUUUAAUAUGAUACAUCAAAACUUAGCAAGUUUCUACCAAUACAUAGUACUAUGUUUAAAAAAAUUUCAGAUGCCCAUCAAAGAAUUAAUUAAAGAAGAUAAUAUAAAUUCUAAGGUUAUAAAUAUCUACACGAAACUUUUAUUAGAGUUGGGUGACCGUGAGUCUGAUUCAGAACUUUGGGAUGAAUUUAACUAUGAAUUAUUUUCAAUUCUGCACUGUAUAUCAAAUCAAAACUAUUCAAUAUUAUCCAAAAACAGUUCAAAAAGCCAACAAAAAUGUAUUAAAUUAUAUGAGGAAGCUUUGAAAUAUUGUGAUUUGAAAAAUAAUACAACCAGAAGAACUGAAUAUGAGUUUAAAUCAGCAUGUAUUCACUUUAAGCUAGGAUCAUUGUUUGCUAUUAAUUUAGACAAAUAUAUUCACAUGAAGUCUCCAAAGGUUGAUUCUGUUUUACUUCAAAUUGAGUCUUAUUAUAAUACUUCAUUUGAAACCUUUUUUAAAUUAAACUUUCCAUUGGAUUGUCUUGAAGUUCUCUUAGAAAUGAUAAAACUAGAUAUACGCUUUAUUGAUGGUAUGUAUAAUUGGUACAUUGCAUAA